AACCAAUCCGAUGACAGGGCUCUCAUUCGGCGACCUUUUGACUCUGGGUGUUCAAGCCCAAACCAAUCAUGGCCGGAAGACCCAUCCGCAUAGGAGACCAGCUGGUUCUGGAGGAAGAUUAUGAUGAGACCUACAUCCCCAGUGAACAAGAAAUUCUUGAAUUUGCCAAAGAGAUUGGUAUUAAUCCCAUAGAAGAACCAGAGCUGAUGUGGCUGGCACGGGAGGGCAUUGUGGCCCCACUGCCUGGGGAGUGGAAACCAUGCCAGGACAUCACAGGUGAUAUUUACUAUUUCAACUUUGCCAACGGGCAGUCCAUGUGGGACCAUCCCUGUGAUGAGCACUAUCGGAACUUGGUGAUCCAAGAGCGGGGGAAACUGUCCACUCCUGGGGCCAUUAAGAAGAAAAAAAAGAAAAAGGAAAAGAAAGACAAGAAGGACAAAGAGACCUCCAAAAGUCCCCUGGCCCUGGGCUCCCCGUUAGCCCCCCUCCACAUUCCUGUCGGGGGUCUGGCCCCGUUAAGGGGCCUGGUGGAUGCCCCGCCCUCCGCUCUUCGUGGAUCUCAAAGUGUGAGCCUGGGGAGCUCGGUGGAGUCUGGUCAGCAUGGAGAACUCUCACUGCCUUCACAGGGUCUCAAGACUUCUGUGUAUACAAAGGGUCUCCUGGGCUCCAUCCAUGAGGACAAGAAUGCUCUCAGCCUCUUGGCUUUAGGAGAGGAGACCAAUGAAGAGGAUGAGGCGGAGAGUGACAACCAGAGUGUCCGAAGCUCAAGUGAGCUUCUUAAGAACCUGCACCUGGACAUCGGGGCACUGGGGGGUGACUUCGAGUAUGAGGAAUCUCCAAGAACAAGCCAGCCAGAGGACAGGAAGGACAUGUCUCAGGAUUCCGAUGCUGCCAGCAGCCCCCCUACUCCUGGCAAGCUCUUCAGCCGAGAUGCAGAUAGCAGCCUGAGCAGUGCCGAUGGCCAAGGGCAACAGGCAAGAGGGGCAAGUUGCCUCCCAGAGAAAGAGAAGAAUGAGAAGAAUGAUCCCAGAACGUCCAGGAGUGUGGCGGACCCCGGGGGCGACCCCAUGGGCGAUCAGCCUGCCAAAGCCAAUAAAAAAGAGGCACCAGAGGACUCGGUGGAUGCAAGAGAGGAGGGUUCCCUGAAGGAAGAGGCAGCAAAGAAGCCAAAGAAGGAGGCUUCCAUCCCGAAAGAGAGCAGAUCAGAGGCGAGUGGAGAGUCAGAGAUCAGUGAACACAUGAAGGAACUACAGCCCUCAGACUCCACUGCUUCUGACCCCAAAUCCUUUCUUGGCCUGGACUUCGGUUUCCAUAGCCGGAUCUCGGAGCACCUGCUGGAUGUGGACAUGCUCUCCUCUGUCCUGGAUGGAGCCCACUGGGAGGCCCAGAGGUUGGGGAGAGAAGACAAGGAUGUCAGCCAGUCCAGCCAAGAUGAGCUGCAGAGCAAGAAGUCCAGAGGCUCGGAGAGGUAUAGUGUGUUAUCUCCUCCUCUUCUGCCUGGGGAGCGGCUCCAGAGUCCCCUUCACAGCCAGGCCACGGAUGAAGGGCCUCCGCAGCCCCUGGAGGAGCAGCCGGAACAGAAGGGGGCAGAGGAGCCUGGGGAGGGCUCUGCAGGCAGCCGCACGCCCCCUGGUCCCCUGCAGAGGGAGGAGAUCCCAAGCCCACCUGCCGCCCACGAGAGGGGCGAGGAGCAGCGCUCCCAGGCUGAGGGGCCGGGCCCUGGGCAGGACGAGGCCGAGGGGCCCGAGGAGAAGGUGUCGGUCGGCCCCACCCUGCCAGUCUCUCCAGAGGUGCGAUCUACAGAGCCUGUGGCUCCCCCAGAGCAGCUCUCAGAGGCUGCACUGAAGGCCUCGGAAGAGGCGGUGGCCCAAGAACUCGAGCAAGAGCAGAGGUGGCUCCUGGAGUCCAGGCGAGAGCGAGAGAAGAUGCAGCGGCUCCAGGAGAAGCUGUGGCAGGCGGAGGAGGCGGAGACCCUGCAGCUUCACCGGCAGAAAGAGAAGGCGCUCAGUUCCCUGACGGAGCAGCUGCAGAGAGCCACCGAGGAAGAGGAGAGCCUGGUGAGAGAGCAGGAAGGCCAGAGGCUGUCCCGGCUCUGCGCCCAGGUGCAGUGCAGCGUGGAAGCGGAUGAGGACCAAAUCAGGGCCGAGCACGAGGCUUCCCUGCAGAGGCUGCGAGAAGAGCUGGAGUCUCUACAAAAAGCUGAGAGGGCCAGCCUGGAAGAGAGAAACAGGCAGACGCUGGAGCGUCUCAGGGAAGACAUGGAGGCUUCGGAGAAGAGAGAGCAGGCCGCCCUGAACACGGAGAAGGAGAGGGCCUUGCAGCAGCUGAGGGAGCAGCUGGAAGGGGAGAGGAGAGACGCGGUGGCAGCGCUGGAGAGGGAGCACAGAGAGGAGCUGGAGCGGCUCUCUUCCUCGCUGGAGGCCAAGCACAGGGAGGUGGUCUCCAGCCUCCAGAAGAAGAUGGAGGAAGCUCAUCAGAAAGAGGAGGCCCAGCUGCAGGAGAGCCUUGGGCGGGCGGAGCAGAGAGCUCAUCAGAAAGUUUACCACGUUCUCGAGUACGAGCAAGAGCUCAGUGGCCUCCUGAGAGAGAAGCGCCAGGAGGUGGAGAGGGAACACGAAAGGAAGAUGGACAAGAUGAAGGAGGAGCAUCAGCAAGUGGUGGCUGAGGCCAGGGAGCAGUAUGAAGCCGAGGAGAGGAAGCAGCGGGCCGAACUCCUGGGGCACCUGACGGGAGAGCUGGAGCGCCUGCGCAGGGCCCACGAGCGGGAGUUGGAGACAGUGAGGCAGGAGCAGGACCGGCAGCUCGAGGACCUGCGGCGGCGGCCCCGGGAGCAGGAAAGGAAACUCCAAGAUUUAGAGGUGGAGCUUGAAACCAGAACCAAGGAUGUCAAGGCCAGAUUGGCUCAGCUGGAUGUCCAGGAGGAGGCCGCCCGGAAGGAGAAGCAGCAGCUCCUCGAUGUGCAGAGGCAGUUUGCGCUGGAGAGCGAGGAAGCCGCAGCCACCCGUCAGCACCUGGACGAGGCAAAGAAGGAGCACAGCCACCUGCUGGAGUCAAACCGGCAGCUCCGAAGAAUCCUCGAGGAACUUCAGGCCCGCAAGUUGGAGCUGGAGUCCCAGGUGGAUUUGCUGCAGACCCAGAGUCAGAGGCUGCAGAAGCAUGUCAGUGACCUGGAGGCCAAAGCUCAGAGGAAGCAGGACUUGUUGAAAGAGCUGGCGGUAGAAGAGAGUAAUGCUUCCCCACGUUUUGAGCCUGAUCUCCACAUUGAGGACCUGAGGAAAUCCCUUGGGACGAACCAGACUAAAGAGGUAUCCUUUUCCCUCUCCCAGAGCAAGGAGGAGACCGACUUGUCCUUGGACAGCCUGUCCCCCCACAGCGCCCGGCACUACCUCUCUGCCGAGGGGGUGGCUCUCCGCAGCGCCAAGGACUUCCUGGUCCGGCAGACGCGCUCCAUGCGGAGGCGACAGACAGCUCUGAAGGCCGCCCAGCAGCACUGGCGCCACGAGCUGGCCAGCGCUCAGGAGGCGGCCAAAAACCCGCCAGGCACCAAGGCCCUGGAGGACAUGUGCAAGGACCUGGAGGAGGAGACCAGGCACCUGGAGGAGAUGAAGUCAGCCAUGCGGAAAGGCCGCGACCUGCGGCAGAAAAAGGAGGGGAAGCUGCGCCAGCUGGAGUCUUCUCUCUGGGACGAGGCUUCAGAUGAAGACACUCUGAGAGGAACCCCCAAGAAGGUGGUGACCUUUGACCUCAGCGACCUGGAAGACGGGAGCAGCGACAGUUCCGAAUCCUGCCCCCUGCCUCACAUCGGCCCGACCCCGAGUCCCACUUUCCCCAACAAGAUCCACUACCUGAGCAGCUCCCUGCAGCGGAUCAGUGGCCAGCUCAACGGUGUCCUCAGCGUGCUGGGCAGCCUCAACACCCAGCCUCCGCCGCUUUUCACCUCCACACCUGCACCGCUCCCCACCCAGGCCUCCAGGAGCACCCCCGCUCCCUCCUACCCCUCCCUGGCCCGGGUCUCAGCCUCAUCCCCGGCUCCACCCACGUCCACCCAGUGGGCCUGGGACCCAGAGCUGGGCCCCCGGCUCUCCUCCGUGGCUCGGACCGUGGACGACUUCCUGGUGGAGAAGUGGCACAAGUAUUUUCCAACUGGCAUCCCAUUCCUCAGCAGUGGCCCCGCCCCCCUGGAAAACAGGCUGGGGUAUGUGUCUGCCAGUGAGCAGCUCCGCCUCCUGCAGCGUCCCCCCUCCCAAGUCCCCGAGGCGGGCAGCACCAACUUCCAGGACAUGAUCGAGGCUCACCGCAAGUGGCUGGGACAUUACAAGAAUGACCCCAAGUCACAUCUCUUCUCUUCGGUGCCCAAGCCGACAGCUGGUUCCGGCCUCCUGCAGCUGGGCCUGGAUGAGAACAACAGACUGAAGGUGUAUCGCUACUGA